AUGGCGAACAAAUCUGGCGUGUUCUUCCCUAUGUACCAGCGAGAAGCAAUGUGGAUCUCAUUUGAGGCAAAAAGCAAGUUCGCCAUACGUGUCUUCGUUGGAGGUAUCAAUGCGGUAUCUGGUCGGCCUUGGAAUGCACCACCAAGAACCACGGAUGCGAAGCAAGACUAUAUUGUAGCGCCGCCGCAGGAAUGGCUUGAUGGCAUUGCCGUCUCGAAGGACACGGUUAAGCAGUUCGUUGCCAUGCCCAUUGGUACCGGGUACUCCAUCGAGAAGCAGCUGACAGGUAAAGAGGACAUUGGCGGACUUCAACUUGAGAUCACCCCUUCUGGCGGGAAGCUGGAGGUAAGGCGUACGCGUGGUUCGUACGAUAAUCCUAGCCUCACGCUGUCGAAAUCCCCACGUCAAUGCGGUAUAUCGGCAGGAAGCGAAGUGUUCUUGAAGAACAUGGGAAACGGAUUCCCCACUCUUGGAGGCAAGGAGCGUGAGAUCCGCCCAAGAUUACUGCGCGAGCUUCGCGUUGAUUCUGAUGGUCCACUACAGCCCAACCUGCCAUUAACAGCACUAUACAGCGUUCGCCUCAAAAUCAUCGACUCUACGAACUUUCGCAAACACGCUGUCGUCACGCAGGAAUUUUCUCCCUUUGUACUGUUUGAUGAGGUACGAAAGAGAACCAUAUUGAAAGACAUGCCGCUCUCCAACUUUGAGCUCCACCACGACGGGAAACGGCUUGAAUCAUGGUCCAAACUUGUUGAUGCUGGCCUCUCGGAUAACGCUGUUAUUGAUGCCCGGAUCAAAUCUGAGUAUGAGAAGCCGAAGCGAAAUUUGGGGCUUGGCUGGUUCCGCCAGCGAAAGCAUCAAGAUGUUAUGUCUCAGAGGCAGUCGUAUCAGUCGUAUCAACCGCAGUCGCAUUACUCGUAUCCACAGCCGAUGCUGCCUCAGUCGUAUCCACUGGGUGGGGUGUUUACCCAGGGCAUGGACAUACAAAGCGCUCCUCUGCCAUCCUUCGCUAAGGAGGACACCACUGGCUGGUCCAUGGGCCUGGCUGCCGGCGGCCGUCUCCGCCAGCAAAUCCUGCCGGACAGCGAAAGACCCUACACCUGGAACAAGUCGGGCACCUCGGUUGUAAGCGUGCAGAUUCCUAAUUCCGUCGCCUUCGAGGGCCUGAUGGGCAUACUAACCCCACCUUCUCCGAUCACGCUGGAGCAUUACGUUGCUGCUGGUUAUCUAUUCUACGAGUUUUACCGCGAAAUGGCGGCCGCUACUACUGGGCAGCAUUAUUUCAGACAAAUCAAGAGCAUUGGGGAGAUCGACUUCGCUGCCGGGGAUGUACAGGUGGGGACGUCGGUUGCGGUGUCCCAGAAGGUCGCGUGUACCUCUUGCAGGAAGAGGUUGUGCGAUAGCAUGUAA